AUCAUCUUGGGCAUCUUCGACGAGUGUUGGAGACGCUCCGCCGCGCCAAGUACAAGGCCAACCGUGACAAAUGCGAAUUUGUCUGGCAAGAUCUGGAAUACCUGGGCCAUUUUGUCACACCGGAGGGCAUCAGUCCGCUAUCGGACAAGAUUCAAGCCAUCCAAGAGUGGCCGGAACCACGGAACGUCACAGAUGUUCGUUCGUUCCUUGGCCUCGCCGGCUACUACCAGCGUUUCAUCAAGGGCUACUAGAAGAUCGCGGCCCACUUGACCAAGCUUCAAUGCGAGGAUUGACCGUUUGACUUCGGAAAGGAUGCGCGGGAAUCAUUUUUAGCUCUCAAAGUCGCGCUAUUAUCUGCGGAGGUCUUGCGCAUGUAUGACCCGAUUUUGCCUACGCGCGUCACUACGAAUGCGUCCGGCUAUGCCAUUGGUGCCGUCGUCGAGCAACAUGAUGGCGUGGACUGGCACCCGGUCGAGUAUUUCAGCAAGAAAGUGCCCGUCGUGCAUUCCAUUGACGAUGCACGCAAGAAGGAGCUCCUCGCCUUCGUCCACGCGUUCAAGCGGUGGCGGCACUUCCUCCUUGGUCGAAGCCAAUUCCGAUGGGUAACGGACAACAAUCCGUUGGUCUUUUACAAUACCCAAGACACCGUCAACAACACCAUCGCUCGAUGGAUGGCUUUCAUCGACCAGUUCGACUUCUUUCCCGAUCACAUUCCGGGGAAGUCGAACCGUUUUGUGGAUGCUCUUUCACGGCAUCUGGGUCAUUGUACUGCGGUCUACUCGACCUUCGAGAUCGACAACGACCUGCGGGACAGCUUCAUCCGCGACUACCAAGCCGACCCCGAGUUUCGCGACAAGUACGCGAAUUGCUCCUCUCCUAAUCCGGCGCCUUCUCACUACCGGAUCCAAGAGGGGUACUUGCUUGUCCACACACGGGGGAAGGACCUUCUUUGCGUGUCGAGUGACCCUCGCUUGCAUACACGGCUUCUUGGCGAGUUCGACGAUGCUCCUGCCAUCGAACACUUUGGAGUCAAUCGCACGAUUGGCCGACUUCACAAGCGAUUUUGGUGGCCCGGCCUUCUCGGGGACGUCACUCGCUAUUGCGAGUCAUGCGAGGUUUGCCGACACUGCAAAUCCCGCAACCAUCGUCCGUACGACGAGUUACGACCAUUACCGAUCCCUUUGAGGCGAAGGGAAGCAAUUGCCAUGGACAUUACCGGCCCGUUCCCCAAGCACAAGACCGGAGUGGAUGGGAUUCUCACGGUGGUCGACCGACUCCCCAAGUUCGCCAUGUUUUUGCCUUGCCGCUAUCAUGCCAAGGCACCGGAGUUGGGCGAGGCAAAGGAACAAAGAAUGCCUCUGCAGGCAAAGGAACAAAGAAUGCAUACUUGCUAAAUCUAUCAACUGUGACCAUGACUUGGCUCUUGCCGUGCCUACUCUUGACCUGGGUAUCCAUAAAAUCAAUGGACACCGAGUCU